GUUUAUUCGUCCCUAAAAACGAAAGCUCCUCACCCCCCUCGGUAACCGCGGUGCCGUUUAUUGAUCGACGCGCGACGGUGCCAUAUUCGUGAAGUUCUUUUGUCACGUCGCCGUCUCCAGUCGCUGCGGCGAGUUGGCCAUUUCGGUAUCAGCCGCAUCUGGCAGGUUCCAUUUUCGAGCAUCGGUGUCACGAUCGUAAACACCGGGCACCGGGCACCCGGGCAUUUAAUUUCAGGCGGGCGAACGCAAGCCAGUGAAAUAAAAGUGGUAAAUCAUCAAUACCCCACAAAUUUCCGUACGCGUACAAUAACUUUUUAUUGUCAUUUGCGUCAAGUGAAUUAUCCGUAUUGAAACUUAUCAAUUAUUCAUACUAACGCCGCUGUUGAUCUCCUAAAAGAUUUCAAAUACCCGUACAGACAUCUCGCCAGUUUGAGGUAAAAAUUUACAUGAUACGAUGUAAUUCACCGCACACUUGACAACGCAUCAUCAUUGCCGCGCGCAUGUCAUUAAUUCCAGUUAGAUUCGAUCCUUUCCGCGAUCAAUUUUAUAAUCCGAUUAUCCGUUUUUAAUUUUCUCCUUUUCUUUUCCUCUCCUUAACUUUUGUACGAUAAGUACAACCGUUUCGUACGAUCAUCCCCCGUGAUUUCCAAGUUUAAAAAACAAAAGGAAAAAAAAAAAAGAAAAAAAUCAUUUUGCGUAUAAUGUGCAUUGCACGCAGAAUCUUUGGGUUUCGGAAAACGUGAUUAUCUCGUCACCGUGCUCAUUGCUAUCAUUUGCCACACACUGUGAUCUUUUUUUUUUUUGUGCUUUUGUUUUUUUUUAUCCCAACGUCCACAUGGUGCUGCCUUCCGUAGCGUAUAAGCGUACUAUUUUUUGAAAGUACCGCGAGGAUGCGUGGACCGUACACGUGGUAUUCGAACGAAUCGUUCAGUACGAUUUAAGGAGGUCGUUGCGAUUCCUAUGAGCAAACGAAUGAGAGCGUGAAAAAAAUCCACAGAAAAAAAGGACGAACAAGAAUUUCCUUUGUUACCGAUGACGGAUCAAUUGUUACCGAAUCGGUGGGUGGAAGAAAUCUUUUGCAUCGUUACAACGGAAUCAAGGACAUCGAUGUCGGGUGCCGAAGUACCGCACGCUGAUCGGACUUCGCUCGUAAAAAUGGAAGGAUUUUUGAACGAGGACGAUUCCAAUGUGGCCGAGGUAUACGGCGUCCCCUUGAACUCGAUCGUCGUUCGUGUGGUCCUCUCGAACAAAGGUGGUCCCAAGGUGAUUCACAGGGGUUUCAUGUAUACUCUGCACAAGAAACAGCCGAAUAACAUCCGCUGGAGAUGCGUCGGUAGAACGUUGCACUGCCGAGGAAGUUUGAUAACGACGGCCGACUGCAAGAAGCCUAGAAUUCGGAUGCAACACAAUCAUGAUCCUGACUUCGUCGCGGCUGAACUGGCGAGAAAACGGUACAUCGCUCUCGGACAACCGCCGGUGAUUCUUGGAAAUAAAAAGCAACGUAUCCGCGUCGUUUCAGAAGACGAGCUCAGGUCCGGAUCGACGAGAUCGGGUAACGCGAAACGCGACGAUUUCGUCUCAUGGGCGAACUGGCCGGCUGAUGAUCCCCCGUCGUCCCAACAUCGAGACACCCCGUCCCCGAGCUCUUGCCAAAAAGACGAUGAGACGAAACGAGCGACGCGAUCUUCGAGCGGGAACAGCGGCGAAUUUGCCGCACCGCCAACCGAAUGGCCGACCAUCGCCCGGCAGGAGCCCCGACAGGAACAACUUUCACCUAUUCCGACGGACGUAAUACCCACGGUGUCGCAGACGAAUUCAGCCGGCAAAGGUAUACGGAUAGGGCAGUCGCUCAUCAGGCCCAGGACCAUCGUACCCUCGUCGUCCCUUCAGUCCCAGCAAAUGCAGCAACACCAUCAGACGCACACGCAGAAUCAACAUCAUCAGCAGCAGCAGCAGCAACCGAAGACCCUGGUUUUGAAGGCGAUCCCGUUGAAGGUGAAACAUGUCUCGCCGACCACCAUAAAAAUGGCGCGACGUCAGACGUCCGCCGAAAUUCCGAAGAAUCCGGCACCCGCGCAGCAGCCGACAGAGGUCUGUUUGCGGUGGAACAGCUAUCACAGUAACAUGCAGAACAGUUUCCCGUCGUUGCUGGACUCCGAGGAAUUCGUCGACGUUACCCUGGCCUGCGAGGGCCGUUCUCUCAAGUGCCACAAAAUGAUACUAUCCUCAUGCAGCGAUUAUCUGGCAAAUCUGUUGCGCGAGAAUCCCUGCCAGCAUCCGAUCAUCCUGAUGAAAGAUCUGAAAUUCUGGGAGGUCGAAGCUCUUGUGAAAUUCAUGUACAGAGGGGAAGUGAACGUGGCGCACGACAAACUCCCCCAACUUCUGAACGCCGCUGAGGCGCUGCAGGUGAAAGGGCUGGCCGGUCCCAGCCCCUCGUCGCAGAAUUCGAAGCCGCCGAUGCUGAUUCCUCAACCGAAGCCGUCUACGUCGCAGCCGGCUAUCUCGCGAUUGACCACCGAAGCCAAAGAUUCCAAGCACCAUUUUACCGGGGCGGCGAACGUCGCUACGCCCCCGAAACGCAGCCAGAAACGUCAACUCUCCGAAUCUAACGAGAACCACAAACCGUUCACAAAAAUUCGACUGCAACGCCCCGCCAGUCCGGUCUCACCGGUGGUCACGGUGAAACUCGAGCCUCUGGACAUACCUCUGAGUCCUACGGAAAUGUUCGCCGACGAGCGCGACAACCCCUCCUCAUCUUCUACUCGGUACGGAAACCUUCCGAACGACUUCCGCGGCGAGGAGGGCUCCGAGGGGACCAGGGAGGUCAGCAGCACCGAGCGGGAGAUAAACUUUUGCGAAAUACCGGGACCGCCCGACCUCAACGACAGCGAGGAACAAAUGGAAUUCGUACCGACGGACUUUUUGGAACAGGAACAGGAUAUUUUGGACGAACAAGACGGUGACCACGAGGGGGAAGAUUGCGAGGACAUCGACGACGAUGACAUUGGCGAAGAAUUGAACGAGUCGAACGACAAAGACGACAUGCCGGGGCGAAGGAGUGGCGACGAUAGGGACGAGGUGGACGACGAGGAGAACGACUGCGAAUAUUCGGAGAAACUCUCCGACGAGAAUAACACGACGUAAUCGCUUCGGCCGGCAUUCUUGUUCGUAGUGAUGCGGCGGGACGUGGGAUUACGUUGUCGGAACUAUGUGACGCAAACGAGACUGGAUAUGGGCGACCGCUUCACCGAUCUACUCCGUACAAUAGCUAUACAUAAUAUACGUUUGCAAAUAUUCAUACAAUCGUAUUCCGACACCAAAAAGUAUUUCGAAUUUUUACACCGUUCGUUGCGUUUCUUUAACGUAUUUCAAUCCUUUAUUAGUUUUUAAUAUGGGUUUUUUUUUGUUUUUUUUUUUUUUUUUUAUCUCUCACGUUGUUUUAUUGUUACAAUAAAAUCAUCGUCGUCGUAGCGAAACCGAUGCAUUUAUAUAAUUUUAGUCAUAACGAUAAGUGACGAUUGUCGAUCGAGUCAUUAUAAUAGUCAUUACGUAAAGAAAAUUAGGAGAUUGAGUGCGGAAUCCAAAGCAGAAUAUAAGCCGUAAUAUUACCAGGUUUUAUAUCAUUCUAAUAUUACGAAUUAGCUGAUAGUGUACAUUAUGGAUUUAAGUAAACUAAGUUUAAAUUAUUAAUUCUGUAUGCACUUCCGAUAAGGACCUAAUCGUACGUACGCUAAACCGGUGCCGAAGUCAAUACACUUAAGUUUUACAGAUCGAUAGCGUAUAAACAAAAUACACAUACAUUUAGGUUUACAGUGAAGUUCAUAAAAUACUUUCACACUCAAGCCUCUUAUCGUGACAGGUAUCGAGUUAUUAAUAUAGAGUUAAUAUGUAUAUUGUACAUCUUGAAGUAUGUGGUAUGAAUUAUAAAGAAUAAACGAGAACUUCGUGCUGGA